GCCUCCUGGCCGAGGAUGGGGACGGGCACCACGCACUCCCGGGGCAGGAAACCCGCUCCGGCCGUCUCCAACGGGGGCAUCCCCGGGAAGAAGUGCGGCACCAUCAUCCUCCUGGCCGAAGAGCUGGGCAACUGCCGGGACGUGGCCACGCUGCAGUUCUGCGCCAACAAGCUGGACAAGAAGGAUUUCUUCGGCAAAUCCGACCCCUUCCUGGUCUUCUACCGGAGCAACGAAGACGGGACCUUCACCAUCUGCCACAAGACGGAGGUGGUGAGGAACACGCUGAACCCGGUGUGGCAAGCCUUCGCCAUCCCCGUGCGCGCCCUCUGCAACGGCGACUACGACCGGCCCAUCAAGGCGGAGGUGUACGACUGGGACCGCGACGGCAGCCACGACUUCAUCGGCGAGUUCACCACCAGCUACCGGGAGCUGGCGCGGGGGCAGAGCCGCUUCAACGUCUACGAGGUGGUGAACCCCAAGAAGAAGAUGAAGAAGAAGAAGUACCUGAAUUCGGGGACGGUGACACUGCUGUCCUUCGCCGUGGAGUCCGACUACACCUUCUUGGACUACAUCAAGGGCGGGACCCAGAUCAACUUCACGGUGGCCAUCGACUUCACGGCGUCCAACGGUAACCCGUCGCAGUCCACCUCGCUGCACUACAUGAACCCCUACCAGCUCAACGCCUACGCCAUGGCCCUCAAGGCGGUGGGCGAGAUCAUCCAGGACUACGACAGCGACAAGAUGUUCCCCGCGCUCGGCUUCGGGGCCAAGAUCCCGCCGGACGGGCGCGUGUCCCAUGAGUUCCCGCUGAACGGCGACGCGGCCAACCCCUCGUGCAACGGCAUCGAGGGCAUCCUGGAGGCUUAUCACAAGAGCCUCAAGAGCGUCCAGCUCUACGGUCCCACCAACUUCGCCCCCGUGGUCAACCACGUGGCCCGCUCGGCAGCGGCGGUGCCCGACGGCUCCCAGUACUUCGUGCUCCUCAUCAUCACCGACGGCGUCAUCUCGGACAUGGCGCAGACCAAGGAGGCCAUCGUCAACGCUGCCGCGCUCCCCAUGUCCAUCAUCAUCGUCGGCGUCGGCCAGGCCGAGUUCGACGCCAUGGUGGAGCUGGACGGCGACGACGUCCGCGUCUCCUCCCGGGGCAAGGUGGCCGAGCGCGACAUCGUGCAGUUCGUCCCCUUCCGCGACUACAUCGACCGCACGGGCAACCACGUGCUCAGCAUGGCUCGCCUGGCCAAGGACGUCCUGGCCGAGAUCCCCGACCAGGUCGUCUCCUACAUGAAGGGCCGCGGCAUCAAGCCGCAGCCGGCACCCCCGGACCCGCCGACCCCCCCGGCACCCACCCAGCCCUGAUAGCACCCGGGCACCCGCUACCGGUGCCUUGGCCGGGCUGGGGGGCUUCUCCUCCGCCAGGCUCUGGGUGGGCUCUGUCCCCGGUGCGGGGGGGGGGGGGAGCUGGACUCCAGCCAUGGGUGCCAAGCAGGGAUGUUUUCCAAGCCUCCCCCCC